AUGCAGGAUGAUGAUUCCUUUAUCCCAUACGUAGCCGAAGAUCUUGAGCAGUGUGCAUUUGUUGCAGAUUCUUUUUGUGAUCAACUUUUGCCACGUACCACACAGAUUUUAUUGGAAUAUAACUCUGGAAAAUGGGUGCCACGACUUCGUGAACCACGAGAUUUUUAAGGACACGGCGACACCCGAGAUCUACACUUAGUACGGUGGCCACAUCAGUAUGAAGUUAUCAGAGAAAAAAUUAAGCAUAUUGAAUGGAUUCCAUCUCAUCCAGAGCCUCUCUAUAAUCCCACAGGUUCAGAGUUUGAGCCUCAGUGUUUGGAUCCAGGGGAAGGUGCUGUCGUGUAUUUAGCAGAUGAAGCCAACAAGGACCCCAACUUUAGAUAUUCUCGAAUAGGGGGAUGUUUCCCUUCAAAGCAAGUGCUUCCUCAAUCAUGGAAUGACUGGGAUAAUACUUUGAUCUUUGAAGCACGAUUUGAAAGUGGAAAUCUGCAAAAAGUGGUCAAAAUUAAUGAUUUUGAAUACCAGUUGACACUGCGUACUGAUCUCUACACAAAUAAGCACACCCAAUGGUACUAUUUCCAGGUUACCAACACCCAAGCAGGAAUACCUUACCGAUUCACCAUUGUCAAUUUCACCAAGCCAACAAGCUUGUACAAUCGUGGCAUGCGUCCAUUAUUAUAUUCAGAAGCAGAAGCAAAGAUCCACAAGGUGGGGUGGCAAAGGACAGGAGAUCAAAUCAAGUAUUAUAAAAACAAUUUCAGCAGUGAUGGGCAUCAAUAUUUUUCCUUGACAUGGACUUUCCAGUUUCCACAUGACAGGGAUACUUGCUAUUUUGCCCACUGCUAUCCAUACACUUACAGCAACCUGCAAGACUACUUGUCAGCCAUUGCCAGAGACCCGAGGCGCUCCAAAUUCUGCAAAAUCCGUAUAUUAUGUCAUUCUCUGGCUAGGAAUAUAGUCUAUGUUUUAACUAUUACCAAUCCCUUGCAAGAUUUUAAUAGGGAAAAAUGCAAGUCAGCAGUCAUUUUGACAGCAAGGGUGCAUCCUGGUGAAACAAACAGUUCGUGGAUGAUGAAGGGCUUUCUGGAUUACCUUCUGGGGGAUUCAGAUAAUGCCCAAUUGCUUCGAGACACUUUUAUUUUUAAAGUGGUACCGAUGUUGAAUCCAGAUGGUGUGAUUGUGGGCAAUUAUCGCUGCUCUUUAGCCGGCAAGGACUUGAAUCGCAAUUAUAGAUCAGAUCUUAAAGACUCUUUCCCUUCUAUUUGGUAUACCCGCAGCAUGAUCAAAAGAAUAAUGGAAGAGCGAAAUGUUCUUCUAUACUGUGAUCUUCACGGUCAUAGCAGGAAAGAAAAUGUCUUCAUGUAUGGCUGUGAAAAAAAAGAACAAGAUGAAAGGGCAUGCUUACUCCAGCGCAUUUUUCCUUUCAUUAUGAGCAAAAAUUGUCCAGAUAAAUUCUCAUUCCAAGAUUGCAAUUUUAAAAUACAGAAAGGCAAAGAAGGAACAGGUCGAGUAGCUAUGUGGAAAAUGGGCGUCAACAACAGCUAUACCUUGGAAGUGACCUUCUGUGGCUCUAAACUGGGAAAUAGAAACGCUACCCAUUUCAGUACUAAUGAUUUGGAGUCCAUUGGAUACAAUUUCUGUGAUUCAUUAUUGGCAUUUUGUACUGAAAAGAAGAGCAAGUACAAUGAAUGCCUGAAAGAAUUGGAGGAACUGGUAAAACAGGAUGAUCCAGCUGCCUCUGUCAAUGAUAUAGGAGACAGAGGAGAUUCUAGUUCAGACAGUUCAGACUCUAAUGAGUUUACUGAUAAAACAGAAACCCAGACAAAAUCAAAGAAAAAAUAUUUGAAAGUAAAGAAGGAAAGAAGUUUUGUUUUGGAAUCCUCAGGAAGAAGAUACUCUAAACAUUUACAUGAACCAGUGAAUGAAUCCAAAAAACCAGAAGCCCCUUCUCACAGAGUUUCCAAGACCCAAGAACAAAUAAUUAAAAAUGCCCAGGUUUUGCAGAAAUUAAAACUGAUGGAGUUACAAAACAUGGAAAGAGAAAAGUAUGAAAUUACCAAGCAGAAUGUAGAGACUUUUUCUAGAACAACAAAUGCAAAAAAGUCAAAGGCUUUAGCAGGGGUUCAUGAAUUGUUUAAAGAAACUAGUUCCAUUUUAAAAAGUAAACCAGAUCAAAUGGCUUUCCCCUCUAAAAAAGAUGCUAUACCGAAUGUGCCAAGUAAAUAUACUCUUCAGUAUCUGAGUCAUUAUUUCCCUGAGCAAGGAUUAAAUUUUGGAUGGGACCUAACUCACCCUUUUAAGCACGUUGUUUCCCAGAGACUUUUCCUACCUCCCACUGCUAAUAACCAAAUGUGCAAUACACCAAGGAAAAAUAGUGCACUUCUGGGUUGCCGACUUCCUAAAGUGGAAAAUAUGAAGAGGGAAAUAAGCAUCCAUCAAAAAACAUCAUUUAUACAACUGGAGAGUCACCCAAGCUCUUUAUAUCUGCCUCAGCCAGAAGCAGAAAAUCAGCCUGAAAGGAGCUGUGUUACACUGCAGUUAGAAGAAAAAGAACUACAAAAUAUUGCUCUAGCUCAAGAAAUCCAUUUAAAUGCUCCAUAUAAAAAAGCUGCGACCUGGCGAUUAGAAAAGUAUCAAUCUGGAAAAACCAAUAGUUGUAAAGAGAAGGCAUCUCCCGAAAUCAAAGGUUUCCCCGAGACACAAAAAAGUAAUGUACCUGGAAGCAAAGAUAAAGUAAAGGAAUUGUCACCAGCAAGGAAUGCUAAAACUAACAGAAUUGCUAGAGGGAACUGUGAAGAAGGUCUUAAACUGAACAGGUCUUCUAUUAAUCAAGAUUUACUACUCUCCCUUCCUUUGAUGUCUGAGGGAAAAUACAGUCAACCCACCGAAAAAUAUUUGAGGAGUGAACGACAUCUAAAAUCCUUGGGCCGACACCGACCACGCCUGGCUACUUUACUGACUACAAAAGGGCCCAACAAGACAAUUUUAGUGAAACAUUCUGAAGACAAUGAACCGUCCAGGUCUCUACUACAAAGCAGGCCAAAAAUGCUAUCAAGAAACCUGCUUUGCCAGAGUGCAAGUAAAUUUUUUCCUAAGAGAUGUAAAAGUGACAGACCUUCAGUGCAAGAUCUUCCAAAUACAACUGAGAGGAUUUCUUUUCAUGCGUAACACGAGGUGCAGUUUCUUUUGUACUGUUUCGGACUACGCAGAAGUGAUAUCAUCUGAGCAGACUGCUUUACCUCUUUAAACACCAUACUGGGAAGAUGUUGCAUGCACAAGAUUGGAAUAUUGGAUACAAACUAGAACAUCUGGGAGAGAGGUGGCU